CGCUCACGGGGAUCCCUUUUCACCGAAUUCUAACCUAGUAACGAGUUUGCUCCGUCGGUAACGCCGGACGCGUGCCAGCGAUAAACGUGUCGCGUGUUACGGUGACAGUGGGAUGAGUAAAGUGCUAUAGAACGUAGGAUACUAUCUGUCGCUACGAUCAUGUUUAUCAACGUGCUGGAUUUUUUUCCUCGCAGGAAGACCAUGUGCGUAAUUUAAGGAAACGAGUGGCGCGAGAUAAGAAAGAAAACGUGAAACAAAACGGGAGCAUUCAUGCAUUUUUAUACGAUGAUCCUCUGUGAAAUAUUCGAUCAUAUCAUGAACCGUUUGUUUAUAUCGGUGUUCGUGCUUAUUUGCUCUAAUCAACGAUGGACACGCUGAUACUAUGUUGCGAAAGUGUUUCGGAUUAAUCAGGGUUGCUGGAUCGUGACAAUCAGUUUUCAUCAAAUAAAUCAUAAUGGCGUCAAAGAAGACGAGGCAAAACCAUUCUAUACAGCAUUUACUAGAGCUGCCAAGCAACAGAGAGACAAAAUUACCGUUAUAUUCUGUGAAGGAGUCGACCCAAACGCCACUUAUUCCAACCCCUCGACAGGUCCCGGUGACUGUGCUGCAUCCCUCUCCGAAAAAGUUGUAUCUGAGCAAGACCCGGCAGAGUGGCCUCACGGACGAUUUGCAUCUUUCACGAACGGUCAGUCCAACUGUGCGCCAGCAAGAGUCGAUCUUCCCAAGGCGGGACUAUCCCCGCCAAAUCAUGAACAAGGUGGAUGAUCGAGUCAGGUCGCCAGGUACGUCACGAUGUUUAACUACCACCAUGUCGCUCUCAAUUUCACCCUCGAGCCCUGAGGAACCUGUCACGCUGGUGGAACUGACCAGCGUGCCAGGUGGCCAGAAUGCGAUGGCUCAUCUCAAAAAACGGAAGCUGGAAGCAGAAUCUGUCAGCCCAAAUCCUAAGCAACCACAACAGCAGCCACAACAGCAACAACAACAACAACAACAACAACAGCCGCAUUAUCAGCAGCAGCAACCCUUGAUCAACAAGAAGGCUGUUCAAGCGAUUAUUCCCCAAGAAAUGGAGACAGCUGAUGCUGCCGCUAAACGAAGAAGAAAAAGCGUCCGUGAUGAUGAGACGCGUAAAUCGCUUGACGCCAAUGACUCGAGCAAGAAUAUACCGUUGCCACAAAAGAAACGAGCUUUCGCUGCUGGAAAUUCGGGUAGUCCUGCGAGAAAAUCGAGCAAACAUUCGGAGGAGCCCGAGGACGAUGAGACUCUCAUCAGAGAGACUGAAGCCGCUUUGAAAAGUUUGUCCGGAAGUUGGCCAGGUCCUAGAGGUUCUUUGUACCAACGAGGCAAUACGGACGAGGAUAAAUACGAAUCGAAUUUCGAGAAUUUGUUCGAAGAGAAGAAGGACAAUCCGAAAUUGUCACCCUCGUCGAUGUCCACUUCGUCAACGACAAGCAACGAUGCAGGAUGUUCCUUGAAAGACGUGAUAUCUUUCCGCGGUCAACAAGAUCGAAGCAACAGAUCCCAGCAACAACAGCUGAAACAACAAGACGUGACCAAACAACAGCAACAACACCCAGGGGGCAAAGUGAAAAAAGAUCUAGACAAUUUGUUAAAAACGGAAAACGAGUGUGGCAUCGUUCAGAACCAAGUGAACAAUGUGACUGAACCGGGUAAAAUCAGGCCAGUGCCGGUGAGAUCUUUGUCAAACAAGGACAGAAACAUGAUCGGUACUCACGUGGACGCUCAAGGUAGGCAGACGGACAAAUACUCGAGAUACGAUCCACCCGACUUCAACGAACUGGUGGACGACUCGUCGAACGAGUUGGAGAUCGAUAUGUCAGACCCAACGGCCGAAAAAGACGAGUCCGACAGGGACAAGAUGAACGACAGGGACAGGGAUCGGACGUGUAGGAACAACGGUCAGUCACCGCAGAAUUCCGCGAGACAGCAUCAACAGCAACAACAGCAUCAACAACAAUUGUACUCCAAUUAUCACAGACAGUACAGUGAGAACGGUAUGAAAGUAUCACCGAUCACCAUCACCACCACCUCUUCCUCUUCGCCCCCAUCGAAUUCACCAUUCUCCGCAACAUCGGCGUUUAGACCACCCAACAGUGACCACGCGAAAGCGACUGGCCGCGGAACACCGUCAGUGGCCUCAGUUGCCUCGACGGCGAUUCCACCUAUCGGCCCGUAUCCAGCUUCCGCUACGUUCGUCGGCUACCCCACUGCCGGGCCGGGGCCAACGAUGCCGACACCCCAACCUGUUACAGGGAUCUCGCCCACCUCCGAAGACAAGCAUUCCUCCACGGUCUCGUUGUUGCAAUUGAAAUCGUCCAAGGAGGAAGUUCAUCACGUGACGAGGCACGAGGUGGCGCAGAACUCGGUGACGGGCAACAAAAGCCCAACCGGUGGGCUGCCAGCGGUUACCAGUCCUGACUCCUCGAAACAAUACACGAUCCUUCAGCCGGCUGGUAUCGGGUCGAGAGCGGCCAGUGCCAUUCAGGACAUAGCCAGGGAGGGAGUGGUCAGUGUGACGGCUGUCAGCAGUUGUAGUACCAGCAAUGGUAGCACCGCGAACGGUAUCAAUAGUAACAGUAACAGCUGUGCCAACAACGUGGCUAGCAAGACUACGAACAGCAGCAACGGAAGUAGUGGUAACGUAAGCAACGUGGCGAAUUCGGUCAGCAACGGGAAUAACGGGAACAAUGUGACGAACAGUAUCUCGAUCACCGCAAUCUCGACCAGCACGACCACGUCUAGUUCCACGACAGGUGUCGAGGUGUCGUCCGGGGUUGGUCAGCAAGAGACUGUGAUGAAAAUGCCCGAAAGACCUGUUACCUUCGAUGGCAGCAGACCGGGAAUGUCCAUGUCUCCGUCCAGUCUCAGCAGAGAGGGCAACAAGUGCCCGACCCCAGGCUGCACGGGGCAGGGUCACGUGACCGGACUCUACUCUCACCACCGCAGCCUAUCCGGUUGUCCACGAAAGGAUAAACUAACGCCAGAAAUUCUGGCGAUGCAUGAGACUAUUUUGAAAUGCCCGACACCUGGUUGCAACGGCCGUGGCCAUGUCAGCUCGAAUCGGAACACGCACAGAAGCCUGUCCGGAUGUCCCAUUGCCGCGGCCAAUAAGCAGGCCGCACGCGAGGCACGACACAAGGCUCAAGUGUCCGGAAUUCCACCCGAAUAUAUCAGCACGAACCUGUUGCCACCGUCGAUGGAUAGCAAGAGCUAUUCUCAAUACGGGUCCACGGCGCAGGACACCAAGCCGGUGCUGAGCAGUCUGACUUACGACUACUACUCGACAACGAAGGGCAACGGGAUCAACGUGAAACCGCCGAAAACUCCAGAAGAGAAUCCCUCGUCCCGUACGACCAAAGUAGUCCCCAAAACCGAGAACAUGACACCUAGCGGCAGUUGUUGCAACACCCUACCAUCCAGAGGGCAAAACACGUCCGACUUGCUGGUACCAAAAACGGAAGAGACAGCCUCCUGUCGAGUGAACUCGCCGCCACCACCUCCGCCGCCCACGGUACGACCGACCUACGACUCGUACAUGAAUCAGGACUCGAAUUCCUCGUCGAUGUCCUCGAUGGACGCGAUGGGGUCCAGAGGAUCCAUUGGCGCGACGAUACAUCAUCCCAGCCAACAUCCAACGCACCACGUCCUCCCCAUGCAGCCCACGGUCGCUUAUCCCAUACCGAUGGUCGAGGAUACGAGAAUGAGUCACCAGAUGUCGCAGAGGUCGCCUUACGAAUCGUCCGCCAUGAUGGCCGCAGCGGCCGCGGCUGCUGCUGCGGCCACCACCAGCGAGGAACUUUAUCAUCACAGAACGGCUGAACACGCGAGGGCCUACAUGCAUCCUGGAGCGAGCAACAUCGCACGCCCUGUCGUCACUUAUUCCAACGAGAUCGCGAAUGCGAGGGGUUACGAGAACGCGGUAGCAAACGCUGCCAAUCAUCGGCCGUACGAUCCUGGCACCACGUCCGCCUACGAGAGAUACGACACUCAGAAUUGUGCACCGAUUCAAUCGCAGCAGCAGCAGCAACAGCAACAACAGCAGCAGCAGCAACAACAACAGCAACAGCUACAUUCGAGGACGAACAUGUAUUACUUGGGGCAGACCGGAAUGACACCGGAGGAACAGGAACGAGUGUACCAUCAGGAGGCUGCGGCUGCUGCGCAGCAACAUCAGAUGGCGAUGGCGGCUGCUACUGCUGCUGGAAUGAUGAAGACCGAGGAUGUGAAAUGCGUCACGGUGGCGCAAGUCCAGCAAAUACAGAAACCCGGUGGUCCUCCGACGUCUCCAGGUGGCUCAGUGAUGGACCUGUCGACAUCCAGUGUCACAUCGACGAGCCCACAGGCGCCACCAUACGGUUCCAAUAGUCUCAGUCCUCAAUAUGGCGGGGGCCAAACAGUCGGUGGCAGUCCCCAAGCUGCAGCAAGUCCGCAUUUAACCGCGAGUCCUCAGGUGCCCAGUCCGGGACAAACACUCGAUCUUAGCGUCAACAGGCUUCAUAGCGGCGCGCCAAGUCCGCAAUACCCAACCGGCCAUGGAGAAGCUGUGGCGGUUCCAGUUGGACCUGGUUUUCCAGCACCCAGACCAAUCGAGGAGCAAACCGAGCCCGUUGACUUCUCGACGGCGAACGAGCCGGUCAAUUUCAGCGGGGGGCCUGGAAUCAGGCCUGUGCCAGGAUUCCCGCCACCCGGUGUGCACGUCACGGCAUACAGUCGAGAAAGCACCCCCGACAGUGGGGGUUCCCACUACAUGGACGCUUACCGCGAUCCCACUGGUUACGGACCAAUGAGCCCGCACCCAGGGUACGGAAUGACAGGCGUUCAACCGGAAUAUCCUGGGAACACGUACACUCCUUACCCCACUGCAGGCUACAAUUGCGGUGGAACUUAUCCCGGAGGUCCCGUGACUUCCGGUUACCAAAUCCCAGCUGGCUACACGCCGACACCCUGCUAUAGCAUGCCACCCCCGCAACACACAGUCGGACCUCUCGAUAAACCUACGGGUAAAGACGAUAGCUUAUCCGGUUGUCCGCGAGCCGAUCGUUCCCAGAUCCAAGCGCAUUCUCAAGAGCUCAAGUGUCCCACGCCAGGAUGCGAUGGUUCUGGACACGUGACCGGCAAUUACUCGUCUCACAGGAGUUUAUCGGGUUGCCCACGUGCUAACAAACCGAAGAGCAAGCCUCGAGAUGGACAGGACUCGGAACCAUUGAGAUGUCCAAUCCCCGGUUGCGACGGGUCUGGCCAUGCCACUGGUAAAUUCUUAUCGCAUCGCAGCGCAUCGGGCUGCCCAAUUGCAAACAGGAACAAGAUGCGAGUACUAGAAUCCGGAGGCACGGUGGAACAACACAAGGCAGCAGUGGCCGCGGCGACAGCGAUGAAAUUCGAGGGUGUGAACUGUCCAACGCCUGGUUGUGACGGGAUCGGCCAUAUAAACGGGUCGUUCUCCACUCACAGAUCACUGUCGGGUUGCCCGAUCGCGGGUCACGCGGUGAAAAAGCCAAAGUUCGAAGACAUGUCGAGCAUGUACAGCAAAGGAAUCACCGGAGUGGACACCAGUGGUCCGGCUCACGGGGGUGCGGUGGGUACGGGUCAGGGUAACACGAGUGGUAGCGGUACCGCCAGUGGCCAGAGCGAGGAUCUCUACACACUGGAGGCCGAGAUCACGGAGCUCCAGAGAGAGAAUGCUCGGGUCGAAUCGCAGGUGCUGCGCUUGCGCUCCGAUAUCACCGCCAUGGAGAACCAGCUGAAGCAAGGUGAAAAGGAAACGGCGGCGACUGUUCAGCGAAACAACAAUCUGACCGAUUACUAUCAAUCGCUGCGCGAAAAUAUGAUAACUUUGUUGGAGCACGUGCGAAUACCGAACGCCCCAGGCGGACCGCAAGAGAAGAUGAGCCACGAGAACUUCGACAGUUACCUGACGAAGCUGCAGACAUUGUGUACCGCCGAUGGUUAUUGCGCGGACGAGGCAAACAGGCCGAUAUACGAGACGGUGAAGACCGCGCUGCAGGAUUUCACGGUCCUACCGACACCCAUCUGAGACCAUCCUUAAAGCUCCAUGAUCGGAUACAACGUGACAGGGACGUGUUUCAUGCGAUGACUUCAUUAUCAUUGUGGCGGUGCUGAACGGUUAUCACGAUGACACGGAUGUUUGCGUUGCCAACACUGAGGGGACAGUUCGUGCGAUAAACGUGAACAAUCGUGUGUCGGUAAAUGAUGAAAGGAAGAGACCUUCUGUCGGAUAGAUAUUGUGUCUCUCCAUGUCAAGAGAGAAGAAGAAUUCACAUAAACUUUUUAAGAAUUAUCGGGUGAUCUGUUUGUGUACCAAGGGAAAACGGUGCUUUCGACUAUCGAUAAAUCGGCAAUGGACAUCGACGACUAUUGUAUAGACUGUUAGUAAAUGUUUUAAAAAACGAUAUCUAAGGGAUAUCCUCUGAUGAUCAUUCAGUGCAAUCUCGUAGAACCGUGCGGACUGACGUUGCUCAUAGCGAUAUCUUUUGUAUAUAAUGAACGCGUAGGGCGUAAGAGCAUAGGAUGUAAGAUCAAUUGCGAGAAUCACAAAGACUCGCAGUACAAUCGUGAUUGUAAAUAGACAGAAGAGAAAUGCAUUUAUAUAUAUAUACAUACAUACAUAUAUAUAUAUAAAUACAUAUUAUUCGAUGAAAAAAAAAACGUUAAUGUGGUUAUCAUUCUUAAGCAUGUAAAGAAAAAGACGAAGAUAAUGAAGAUACACAGAAGAGAACAUGAAAUGAUGAUUAGCUUAGAUGUAUAUCGAAUCGUAUCGCUCUUACCAGAUAACUGUUACUAAUCCGUUAAGCCAUUAAACGUUUAAAAAUACGAGAAUGUGGAACCGCUACGAUGCUGCUUCUGCUAUCUAAUGAAAAAUGAAAAAAAAAAAAAAGAAAAAAAAACAAAAAGAAAAGAACCGACGGCUAAUUAUAAAUUACUAUUGCGUACUUAUUAUUACCGCUAGAUAUUAUUAUUACUAUCGUCACUGUUACAACCACCGAAGAUCGUUUCUAGGACUAAUCCAAUUAUUAUUAUUGCUACCACUACUCUUACUACUGUCUGAUAUAGGAUACUAUAGCGACGAAUAUACCGACGCAUUUAUAUUAUCAACGAGUCUACGAAACGGCGAAACACGUUGUCCAUAGUGUGUACAUAGUCGACAGAGAAUAUUACGAAUAUUAUAUGACGAUUCGGUGGUGGUUAUCACCGAUCCACUUGGCUAAUUGUGCGUAAAGAUGAGAGAGGAAAUCCUGCGCGGGAAAAUCACAAAAUUCAAUUCAACGGUACAAUGUACACAGUGAUCGUCGUGGAUACAGGAUUAAUUGUCAAAAAUGUCAAUCGCAAACACGGUGUAUUUAUCGAAUUAAGUAUCGAAUCGAGCGUUGAAGGAUGCAUCGAGGAUCGACGAGCUGAAACACGGGGAUGAUUAUUGAUCCUCGUGCUCGUGAAUCGUCGGUCGAUCAAGAGUGAGGACGAAGGAUACUCGUUCUUUUUUUUGUGCAAUAGCUUGAGAAACGUUUCUACGUUUGUUUCUUUCGUUGAUGAAGUUUGUUAUAAUAAACAGAUACACGCGUGCCUAAUAUAGGUUGUGUCUGUGUAAAUUGUUAUCAUUUUUUUGUUAAUGCAUCUACGUCCCCCUACAUUGUAAGUUUUUUUGAUGAAUCGCGAGAUGCGCGCGAGGAAUCGAGCGUGUAAAUAUCGGUGAGUUCCCGCGCGCAUUUCGCGAGAAUAUCUUCCGCCUCUUGAAUAAUCGAUCGAGGGCUCGACGAAGGAGAGCAUAUAUUUCUGACAAUACACAUCGUCGAAUCAGUAGCGUUUCUGGUUCAUUACUCUGGCAUUGAUACGUAUACGAGAAAAAUUAUCUUUAACAUUUAUCGAGUAACACAAUGUUAAUAAGUCGAGUAUUAGUUAAAAAAAAAAAAAAAAAGGGAAAACAAAUGAAAAUGUAGAAAUAUGCGAGACGAUCAAAGGGGACGAAGAUAUUUUGCGUGCAACGCUUAUUAUAUUUUGCGGACUGAAAUAAUUUUGUUACUGUAGAACGAGGCAGUGUAUAUAUAGGAAGUGGGCGAAUACAGGAGAUAUUAUACAACGGAAUCAAUUAUUCAUCUGUUUCGUGGACAGACGGAAUGAAAGAUAUCGUGAGAAAAGAGACAUACUUUAACCAAACACCGUGUAGUGAGAGUAAUAAUAAAUUAAAGAAAAAAAAAAAAGUAUAGCGAUAGUCGGCCGAUGAUUACGAUUAAUCUUCGACGUUAUCAUUAUUCUUGUCAUUGUCAUUAUCAUUAUAAUUAACAUCGUCACUGUGAUUAGAUCUAUUUUUUUGCUCAACCACGAAUCAAAUACACACAAAGGGAUGAACGGAGAUAUUUCACAGUCAACAUGGCGCCCGUUCCUCCUCCCAACGAGUUAUCAUUCUGACGAUAUUAUUGCUAUUAUUGCCAUUAUUACCACUAUUGUCGUUACGUUCUCUCAUCAUUAUUAUGAUUAUUAUUGUUGCCGUUGAUAAAGUUGUACGAAUAUAUAAGUUCAAUGACAUGCUUUAAGUAAGUAUAAAUGUUACUCCGAUUGAAUAAAGGGUAUUUAUCGAUGAA